GAUAACAGAUUAUUCACCACGGAAGAAAAAGUAUGGAUUAUCAGAAGGGUCCAAUCAACCACUAACACUGCAGUUGAUCAAAAAUCUUUCAAGAAAAGUCAUGCUUUAGAAGCAUUAAAAGAUUAUGUUUCGUAUUUGUUCUGUGCCGUUUUCUUCUUGCAGCAACUAGCUAAUAAUUUAACAUAUCAACAAAGUUUACUUUACGCAAACCUCGGGGGCAUAACUAAUCUAGACUCGACUUUGGUAACGGUUGCCGGAUCUGGUUUUGCAACCUUGUGGGCUUGGUUGGCAAGUUUAGUCAUUUAUAUUUUUCCAAAUACUUCAUUCUUUGCAGGAAUAUGGUCUAUUGUCCCAGCCUUUGUUGGGUCAAUCUUAGCAGUUUCUCUUAAGUAUAGUAAUACCAUUGGAAUGCUAGCUGGGGUGGUCAUGGCUUCUCAAUGCUUUGGUGUUCAGUGGAUUAUAGCCUUCGGACUUUCUAAAGCAACAGCAAGAUCCCAAACUAAACAAAAAGUUAGGGCUGCUAUGAUGAUGAUGAGUUAUUCAAUUUCAAAUAUCAUAAGUCCUCAGCUUUGGCAAGAAAAAGAUGCCCCUAGGUACUACCCUGCAUGGAUUGUCCAAAUAGUAUUAAGUUUCUUCUGUGCACCUUUAAUCUUAGGUGUCAUUUGGCUUAUACUAGCUAGAAGAAACAGAGAAAGAAGAAAAGUGAUUGAUUCUGGUGAAGUGGAGAAAGUAGGUAUCGUUAAAGACGACGAAGGUCAUGAAAUGGUUGUUAGUGUUGCAGCUUUAGAUUUAACUGACUUAGAAGAUAAUGUUAAGGGCUCUCUGGAAGCAAUUUACCCGCUUUCAAAGGAGACUGCUAUCAAAGGUUUGGCUGAUACGGUGAGAGGAAAAUUGGGAAUUCUCGCAGGUUCUAUCACUAAAGACACAUGUCCAAACCAAGUUAGAAAUCCGACUCCUGGAUUCUCAAUGCCUCAUUGGAUAAUGAACCGUAAAAGUUGCCCAAAAGGAUACAAUAAGCCCAAACUAUACAUAGAGUCUUCUGAUCUUAAUGUUUAA